GUGGACUUUUUGCUGGCCCAGUUGUUAAUAAAAUUGGUCCAUCUUUAUCUUUGGCUCUCGGUGGUUUAACUUAUGCAUUAUAUUCGGGUUCGCUCUUAUAUUAUAAUCAUCAACAACAUGAUACUUUUCCUAUAGUUUCAGGCGCAAUUCUUGGAUUAGGCGCUGCACUACUGUGGACAGGUCAAGGUGCAAUUAUGUUAUCAUAUCCAACUGAAUCUGAUAAAGGGAAAUACAUUGGAAUAUUUUGGGUGAUUUUUAAUCUCGGUGGUGUUCUUGGUUCUAUUGUCCCAAUUGCUCUUAAUUGGAAUUCAAAAGCGGGAUCUGUUAACGAUGGAACCUACAUUGGUUUCAUGGUUCUUAUGGGACUUGGUUCUUUGUUAGCUUUGCUUUUACUUCCACCGGAUAAAGUUGUUCAUGAUGAUGGUCGCCCUAUUAUUAUUCAAAAAUUUCCUAAUUGGGCUGAAGAAAUUACCGGCGUUUUAAAAAUUUUCAUAGAUUGGAAAAUGCUUUUACUUUUUCCUAUGUUUAUUGCCAGUAAUUGGUUUUACGCGUAUCAGUUUAAUGGUGUAAAUGCAUUUUAUUUUAACAUUCGUACAAGACCAUUUAAUUCUUUAUGGUAUUGGACUGCUCAAAUUGUUGGUGCCUUUUUGUUUGGUAAACUUCUUGACUGGCCAAAAUUCGGAAGAAAAGGUCGUGGACUUAUAGGACUUGCCGUUCUUAUGGUA